AUGGUGGCAAACAAUCAAUACUUCUUUGCUCAUCAAAGACAACUUCAACCAGCCCAGAGAAGGGGUGUAUUGGAGCUGGAAGGUGUGGAUACCAUCUUCAAAGUGAUGCAUCAACAAAUUCAGCAACAAUUUGAGCAGAUGGCUAAAAAAAUUGAUGGACUGCAAAUCACUGCAGUAAAUACACAAAGCCAAUCUCAAACCUCACAUGGGUGGAAGCAAUCUGAAGAAUGUUUUGGGACAUUCAAUUAUGAGCAAGAAAGCCCUGAGCAGGUGCAAUGCAUGAAUAACACUUCAAGUUCAUCUCAACACAAUUUUCAUGGUGAUGCACACAAGACACCCUGGAAGACUCAUUCUAAUUCAAAGUGGGCUGAGUACCAGAAUCAAGGACAAAGGGACUUCAACUAUAGCAGCCUUAGCAACACAAACAACCAAAGCCAUUCAUCCAAUAAUACUAACCAAUUCAGAAACCCACAAAACACAUAUCACCAACCACAUAACAACUCACAAAACCUCCAGAAUAACUUUUCUACAUCCACAUCCCACCCUCAAAGUACCCCCACAAUUAAUUCAAACAACUUCUAG